AUGAACUGUGCCGGGAACUCGAGUGCAGGAAGCCACUACCAAUUUAUUGAUCUCACCGAUGCCGGAGAGCGCGAUGCUGCCACAUUGAGGGGCCUCCUGUUUCCAUUUUCACCUUCCGUCGGGGCAGCAGGAACGGAUGCGGCCGCCGGUGUCGAUGACAGUGUCGCGGUCGUUGAUAGCGAUGGCAGAAAAGGUGCGAAUAGUGUUGCCAUGGAGUGUGUUUCCGGAGUGAUGCCACUGUCAAGCGAUCGUCAAAAACGGCGGGACCAUCGAGGCAAGAUGGUGCCGGUAGUAGUUGGAGAGGACAUCAUCGUCAAUCCGCCGAUCCCGCUAAUCGCAGCCCGCCAUCCCUCCGUAGCACUGAAUCCCAAUGCGCAGGUGUUUGAUCCAAUGAUGAUGAUGAUGAUCGUGCCAAACGUUGAACCGACCAAUGGCGGCGGCGGCGGCAGCAGCGGUGUCCAUCGUGAAUCGAACGCGCCGUUGGCGGAUCAGCCAGAAGGCUCGUUCAAUCGAGGAGGACGGUUGAUGAUUGUUCCCGUUGGCGGUGGCCCCAAGCCGGGUGCGGCAUUGGUUUCUUCCAGCAGUCCCCCGGCCGGACUGGUCCCGGUGAUGCUGCCAUCCAUCGAUCGGCCACCGCUGAUGUUGGACCAGCCUUACCCGCCAGCGGAACCAUCGGUGCCGGUGCCCCUAGUGGUACCGUCUGGCGUUGGUGGAUUCGUCACCGUAGCAAAGCCGCCGGCCAUAGGCAGCAUGCAUCUUGAGCAUCAUGCACCACCACCCUCCUACUUCCAGCCAGCCUUAGCCAACACCACCACCUCCACAGCACCAGCAACGCUGCCGGCCCUCGUGAACGAAGUUGCCAGCAAUAGUGCGUUCGUCGUUGACCCGGCACGGUUGCUGGAACGCGGAGAACCGUGGAUCGGUUGCCCGGUGCCUACGAAGCCGAGCGGAGGAGAAGAAGUCGCUUCACCGACUGCCAACGUCGUGACAGCAGCAGCGACUAUGCCUCCGCACACCAACAAUCCGCACCUCCUUCAGCAGCAGCAGCAGCAGCAGCAGCAGCAGCAGCAGCAGCAGCAGCAACAACAGCAGCAACCGCAACAACAAACGCACAAUGUAGUUGUCCCUAAUGGUCGAGGUGGUGGUGGUGGAACCGACGGAAGACCCCCUGUCGGCGCAAACGAUGGAGGUGGGCGAAAUUCCGACCGCGAUAACGCUAAUCAGCUACAGCUGAGCGUAUCCGCUUCGAACCAUCAGCAGCAAGUGAUGCCACACGUUUAUACGGCCUCGAUUCCGACCUCGGCUUACAUGCAGCCUGGACCGCACGGGAUGUACCCGGUGCAGAUGCUGCCGCAAACCGUGCCAAACAAUGUGUACGUGAGCAAUCUGACGGCGAAUGUGAACGUACACGGGUACAUGAGCCACGCGAUUUCCCCGUACCAUCUCACGACGGGCACGCCGGCCUAUCUCCCGGCGGAUGUGGCCGCUGGUGGACAGGAUAUUCAGCUGAUGCAACAGGCGCCCGUGUCGAUGCCGCCGACCCGCGGAACCACGCGUCGUGGUGGCCGAAACAAUCGCGGGGGCAACAAUUCGCGCUCUCGUGGUGGUUACGUGCCGCACUAUAUCCACCAACAGCACCAACACCACCAGCAUCAGCCGCAGGGAGGUAUGCUGCUCGCACCGCAUCAUCAGGGUGGCCAGGGUGGCCCGGGGGGUCUCCAACAGCAACAACACUCGGUCCAGCAACAGCAGUCGCAGCAGCAGCAGGGCCAACAGGCAGGAGGCCAGCAGCAACAAACACCUCCAUCGUCUUCAAGCGGAGCGGGUCCCUCGCAGCAGCAGCAGCAGCAGCAAGGUCAACACCCACCACCUCAGCACACUCCCGAGCUUAUGCAUCUGGAUGCCUCAAUGAUGGGAGGGGCCGGACAGUACGGAGGCUUCGGAACUUACUACAUCCCGGUGAUGUCUUCGCCGCACGCCGCUGCACAGCAUGCGGCCGGAACGCCACUCUUCAUGACCACCGCGGCAACGCCCAUGCCGAUGUACUACAACCCGUCGCUACAUGGCUAUCCACCGGGCGUGAUGUACCAUGUCGUUCAACCCGAAUACUCGCUGUAUGAUGACAAGGGAGAGGAGCAGCAACAGGCGCACAGUGGGGCUGGCCAGGGAGGACACGACGACGGUGGUAUGCAUGGAGGUCCGGCUGGACCUCCGCCCAUGUGGGCACCACCACCGAUGGCACUGGAGUACCACUCGGAGGGGGUCGAUUAUCUCUCAUCAAACGAGGACGAUGGAGGCAACGGAGCUGGUGGUGGUGGUAUGAUGCAGAGUGGACCACCUAUGCCAGCGCAAGUGAUGCAACCACCGCCCCCGAUGGCGCACCAUCACGUUCUAGAUCCGAAUGUGCCCGGAUUCACGAUGCAGAUGGCGGCACCGACGCCGGUCCCAAUGCAGUCGCCGGAUGAGUACAUGAACCUUCAGGGACCACCACCUCAGUCGCAGACCGCUGCCUCUGGUGGUAUCGUUGUGUCGGCUGAAGAGUACAAUGCGCUCAACAACAACUCCAUCAUCCCGGCCAUCGCGGGCAACACUUCGAAUGCCGUGACCAUGCACUCCCCAAGCAUGGUCAGUAGCUCCACCUUGCCGCCGCAUACUGUCGUUCCGGGAGAGAUGGUGAUGGGUGGAGCAGGUUACAUAAUGGGCCCACCUCAUCAGCAGCAGGAGCUUGUUGUUGGUGGUGGUGGUCAGCAGCAAUCGCUCGAGACGGAUGUUCUAGUUGAUCAGCAGCAGCAGAUCGAACAGCACCAGCUCGAUGCUGGUCCGUUGAAUAACAAUUUCAUCGUGGAUCAUCAGUACAUUCACUCGCAUCCACCGCCCCAUCUGGCACCGGCCGUGGUCCCACACCAUGUCCCUCAGCCUUUGCAUCCACAGCACCAUCGAACACCGCACGGAGUUGCCUUGAACUUAACGGAACCACCACCACCAGCCCUCAGUCAGCAACCGUUCGCCGCUCAUCACGCAGCCGAAGUACAUCCGGAAUUGUUGCAGUCGAAAGCGGCGUGUGCUACUAGUGGCCCGAUGACUCUAAUGGAAGGAGAUAGAAGCGACACCAACAACAACCACUCCCCGAAGCUUGUCGAUGCGGUAGUAAUGACCAAUUCCUCCCCGUCGUCGAUUGUAAACAUCAGCAGUAAUAAUACGACGGCAGCCCCUCCGCACCAUCAACCAUCACAUCAUCCGCAGCAACUGCAUCAAAAACCGUCAACCGAACCAACCAGCAGCGUGAUCGACAAACAGCAACACGUAGGCAACGUCAUUAGGCAGCAGCAGCCACCACAUUCGAAUGUGCCAAACCACAGGACGCCUCCGCCGCACCAAGGGUUUCAUCAGGGCCCGCCGCCUCCAACGCAGCAGAAGCAACACAUCAGCGGGUACGCGGAUGUGACGAAAGGAACUCAGGAGCGUAUGGAAAAGCUCUCGUUGAAAGAUGAUCGCCGUCCUCCGCCUGCGUCUGGCGCUGUUGUGCAGCGCCAAAGUGGUCCACAAGGUCUCUCCACACCGAACGCCUGGGGUACCCCCGGAAUUACCGGUGUCGGUACUGGGGCCGGCCCGAAGAAGAACACAGCAUCCGUGUCAGUGUCGGCCAUACCGAAUAAGGAGUUCCCGGUACACCCAGUAUUUCCGGUGGCAGGUGCACCACCGUCCGCUUCUAUCGCCACGAUGGGGACGACGGUGGUUGCGAAGCAGCCACAACCGAUGGGUCAGCAGUCUUCCUCUACCGCAAGCGUGGGUCACCAGAAAUCGUACGGAAGUAAUGAUGCCCAUGGCCAACGGCAUUCGAAUGCUGUCGAAGCCAUUCCACAGCGUACGGUGUCGACGACUGCCGCCCUUGCAGGUAACAGUGGUGUAACCGCCGCUGUGGACAGCAGCAGUAGUAGCGUUGGCAAAGCUCACCACCCACAACAGCCACAUGUUCAGCCAGUGCUUCCGCCGGCCUCGCAACAUCAGCAUCACCAUCAGCAGCAACAGCAGCAGCAACACACGAUACCUCCCGGUGGAGCGCCACCUCAGCAGAACAAAACCUGGGCCAGUCUGUUCAAUUCCUCUUCCUCAUCCUCGACAUCAUCUUCGUCAUCGGCCACACCGUCGUCGUCCAUGGUUCCGUCGUCGACGGCGACCUUAAACAUGCAUCCUGCGACGUCCGCACCGGCUACCACCACCGGAGCACUAGCCGUAUCUUCGCCACCGUCCUCAGCAGUUGCGGCCACCCAUCACCAGCAUUCUACGCCAGCCGGUGCUGGCACGGUGACGCCCGCCCACUACCAUCAUCAGCCUAGUGGUGCCAGUGCUCCCUCGUCGGUUGGAGCACAACCGCCGUCGCAGCCGGCGCAGGUCAAUUUUGCACCUCCAGUCACACGAGCGCCUCAACCAGCCAUUGUUGCACCACCGAGCGUAGCCCCAGUGGUUGCGACAAACGGUACAGAAUCUAACACCACAAACAGCAGCAGCAACAAUACCAACGCUACCACCGCAGUAGGUACCAAAACUCCGUCCAACGAUGGCACCACCGGGAGCGCGAAGAGACCGGUUGCGAAGGUUCAGCCGUACGAAAGAAACCACAUGACACCCGGAGCCAUGUCGUAUUCUUCCGCCGCUGCCUCCACGCCCGGUGUAGCAACAAGUGCCUCGUCGAACGUUACAGGAAAGGGUGGUAAUGCUAAUAAGACCCCAGGAGGAUCAGGAGGAGCUAGUUCAGGAGGAGGUGGCACAAAAGGAGGCUCGAGUGCGACCGGUGCGUCUGCAGCCGAUCAGAAGGAUGAAUUUUCUCUCAAAUUUGGAGAGUUCCUCAGCAGUUACCACUUCGAAAACAGUAGCAUCAGCAUCGUGCCCCGGGGGCUGAUAAAUCGAUCCAACUACUGCUACAUCAACACAAUCCUGCAGGCGCUGGUGGCCUGCCCACCGUUCUACCAUCUGAUGCGCACAAUCCGCUCGCUGCCCGCGGCCAAGAACGCCAAGCAUCCGAAACCUUUCAUCGAUGCCAUGUGCUCGCUGGUGGGUGAAUUCUCGCAGCUACCGAUGCGCUCGAAGAUGUCGCGCGAAAAGGGCAAAAAAGAUGACACGCCGGACAUAGCGGUCGACACACCGUUCGAGCCGGUGGUAAUCCACAAGAUCCUGAACGGUGUGCGGUCGGACAUUUUCCAGAUCGAGGGCCGCCAGGAGGAUGCGGAAGAGUUUCUCGGCUGUGUGCUGAACCGCCUGAACGAUGAAAUGAUCGAGUUCAUGAAGCUGAACAAACCUGACCAGGGUGGCGUGAAUGGAGAAGAGCCGACGAAUGGCGAGGUGCACGCUGAAGAAGACGAUGAUUGGAUGGUGAUCUGUGGCAAUCGUAACAAGGGAACGAUAACGCGCACGACGGAUUUUGGGCGCUCUCCUAUUAGCGAUAUAUUUGGCGGAAAGCUUCGUUCGCGUGUGCAGCGCGACGGCGUGCCACCGACCUACAACAUUCAGCCGUUCUUCACGCUUCAGCUGGACAUCGAGAAAGCCGCCUCCGUGAAGGAAGCGCUGGAGCAGCUGGUAGGCAGAGACGAACUGGAAGGUGUGACAUGCUCCAAAACGAAGCAAGAAGUGGCCGCCUGGCAGCAGGUUACGCUGGAGGAGCUUCCGGUUGUGCUGAUCCUGCACCUGAAGUGCUUCGAUUACAAGAUGGACGGGUGCACCAAAAUAUUGAAGACGCUGGACUUCCCGAUCGAGUUGAAAAUCGAUUCAAAAUUAUUGUCCUCGAAGGGGAAGAGUUACUCCGCCAAGCAGAAGCAGUAUAAGCUGUUUGCCGUGGUGUACCACGACGGAAAGGAAGCAUCGAAGGGGCACUACAUCACCGAUGUGUUCCACGGUGGGUACGGCAGCUGGAUCCGCUACGACGACAGUUCCGUCAAACCGGUCACCGAGUACAACGUGCUCCGACCGCGCGCUCCUCGUGUACCAUAUCUGCUGUACUACCGCCGGAUGGACACACAUUAUCAUGGUUCGAGCAGCGAAAGUGGAAGCACUCAUCAUCACCGCGGUAGCGGCAGUGUUGGUGGCGAUGGUGGCGGUGGCCGUGGCGGAGGUGGUGGUGGUGGUGGCGAUGGUGGUGGUGGAAGCGGCAGUAGUGUCCGCAGUGGUUCGUAUCACUCAAACAGCGGCGCUGAGAGGUACAACAAUGCACACCAUCAUCACAACAACGAUCAUGGCAGAGGUGGCUACGGCGGUGGACCCUAUUACGGCAACAGUGGCAACAGUGGAUACGGACAUACCAACAGUGGCCAGUAUGGCAAUGCGAAGUGA